GGCGGCCGCGCGGCAGCUGAAGCCUCGGCGACUGCUCCUCCAAGCGGCCSGGAGCCCGCGGCUUCCCUGGCUCCCGCGAGCGUCUCGCGGGGGUGGCUCUGGCCGGCACCAGCCUUCGGGCCGGGCCGAAUGACCAGGAGCCUGUAACCACUGCCGCCCACUCCCGGCCCGGCGCUGUCGCCGCCCGUGCCCAAGUCGCCCCGGGACCCGGCACAGCUGCUUUUCUCCAGGACAGCUAGUUUCCCAGCUUUCUGCCAGCUGCUAGCCACAUGUAGAGGUUGAAGAAAUAUGGAUACCAACACCAUACUGGUCAGCAGCACACUUUGUACCAGCUUUCUCAUCUUUCAGCUUCUUUUCCACUUUGUAAGUUCUUGGUUUUCAGCAAAAGUUUCUCCAGGUUUUAAUAAUCUCAGCUUUGAAAAGAAGAUUGAAUGGAACUCAAGGGUAGUAUCUACAUGCCAUUCUUUGCUGGUUGGGAUUUUGGGCCUGUACAUUUUCUUCUUUGAUGAGGCUGUCAUAGCAGAUCCACUUUGGGGUCAAUCAUCACUGGCAACUAUGAAUAUUGCUACUGCUUCAGGCUACCUCAUUUCUGAUCUGUUGAUUCUCAUUUUGUAUUGGAAAGUGAUUGGUGACAAAUGUUAUAUAAUUCACCAUUGCACAGCGUUGUAUGCAUACUUCUUUGUAAUGAAAGAUGGAGUGCUGGUGUACGUUGCGAAUUUCCGCCUGCUUGCAGAGCUUUCCAGCCCUUUCGUAAAUCAGCGAUGGUUCUUUGAAACUCUGAAGUAUUCUAAAUUUUCCAAAGCCAACGUCAUCAAUGGAAUUCUCAUGACGGUGGUAUUCUUCGUCGUGCGGAUAGUAGCAAUACCUCCUUUGUAUGGCUUCAUGCUUGCUGUGUAUGGAACAGAACCCUACAGAAGGCUUGGAUGUUUACUCCAGUAUUCCUGGAUUUUUACUUGUAUUGUUUUGGAUGUGAUGAAUGUCAUGUGGAUGAUCAAAAUUUCAAAAGGGUGCAUCAAAGUCAUCUCUCUCAUGAGACAAGAGAAAGCCAACAAUCGUCUUCAGAAUGGAAAAGUUGACUAAAGGUGUGCUUUGUCAAACACCUUCAUUUAGAUAAGCAAUCCUCAUUACUACCCAGCAUUAUACCUACUAAUAGGAUGAAAUCUUGGCAUGUUCUUGUGCUUUGUUAUUAAUUAUAAUUGUUAUUCAGGGUUUCAGUGUCAUUCUUUUUAACCUUUAGAAAAGAGAAACUAAAAUUUAGUUUUCAUUCCAAGAUUUCCUCUUUUCUUCUGCAUUAUAAGCAUGGUUAAAAUCUUAAAGGUUUAAAUAAAAGUUAUAAGUGUGGUGAAUUUUUCCAGAAAUCUCUUGGCCUACACUGGUAUUUUUCUAUGUGGAAAGAGGACUGUGAUGAUUUGGCACACUUGAUGUGUCACCAGUUUUGCAGAAAGGAUGGGAACUACUUUGAAAUCUGUAAAUAGCACUCAACAUUUUGUUAUGCUGCACUCUUCUCAUGUCAACACCUAUAUGGGGGUAAUUUCUAAAUUGUUGACAUGUUCUUUUCUUAGGUUAUUAGAAAUGACUUUUUUUCAUUUCAGAUAUACAUUCAUCUAUUAAUGAUGAAGGAUUUUACUCACUUUGGAAUAUUUCAUUAGUUUAAUUAGUAGAAAAUACUUCUGCAUUUUACAGUUUUUUAGAUGUCACUUUCUUCUAUUUUUAGUAUUUUAUCAAAUUAUCUCUUAUGACAGACAUUAUAAACCUCCUUAGUGGAUGAAUUUCUUCUCAUAGAAAUGCAUGUUUGGUACAUGACCACUUAGGCUGAUAGGAGGAAUCAUUAAGAAAAAAGUUUUAAUAUUACUGUUUGUCUGCUUCCCUUGCACUUUUUCUAUGAAAAAAUAUUUAUAUUUGCAAAAUCUCCCCAAGUUCAGAACCCAUCAUCACCAAUACCAAUUUUAUGCAAUAUGGAUUUGUUCUGCCCCUAAAAUAAUCCUCUUUUUGGUAAAACCAAAACUAAAAAAUCAGUAUUUACUUUACUCACAAUUUAUUAUCAUGCUUGCUUUGAAUUUUUCUUAAAGAGCAGGAGGGAAAUAAGGUUAUUUAAUCCAAGCAUUCUGGUUUUCAAAAUUAUUGUCUUAUGUGAAGAUAAAUGACUGUUUUUUCUGUGUGUGUGUAUAUAUAUAUGUGUGUUCACUUUGUUUCUUGAAAUCCAAAUAUAGAAUUAUAUAUUUAGUUCUUAAUAUCUUUAUUUAUUUUUUUCAAGUACUUGACUUUAAUGAUUGUUCUUACUUAAAAAAAAAAAAAGAUUUAGUUCAACUAGUGGUGAAUACUUGAACUUAAUUAAACCCGAACCUAAAGAUCUAAUCCAUUGUUUUUGGGUUUAAAGGAUAAUGUUUGAUUCAUUUUCAUUGCUCAUGUUAGGAUGAUGAAAGGAGGUUAGCUGAAUAUCAUCAAUACUUUUAAUUUGACUGUCCAAUGCAGAUAGAGCCUGAUAAGUUCUAGAACUCAAAGACAAAUUGAAAUCUCAGUCAAUAACUAAAUGAUAAAAUAAGGUUGAUUGGUACAUUUAUUUUUUGAAGACAAAGUAAUGCAAAUUGUAGGUAUUUAUUUUUAAAGCAGUUAAUAUUACAUUGAUAAUUGGUUACUAAAUUUAUUGCUGCCCACAUCAGAGGCAUUUAAAUAUGUACUGGUUAUCUAGAGGGUGAGGGUGUACAAAACAAGUGAUUUUUGUCUUGUCCUUGCUCUUUUGCAAGCAAAGUAGCUUUUUUAAAAAGGAAGACAUUUAUAUUGCAAAACUAUUUUGGAAAUUGUUUCUUUAGAAAGUAAAUGUUGAAAUAAAUAUUUUUGACUCUUUGCAUAUUUCUAUAAUUCUGAACACAGAUUUUAAACCCACCAUCAAAGUGACAAAAAUAUAAAGCUAUGUUAGUGUGUCUCCAUAUAGCAGUUUCAAUAGUUGUUUCAUGCUUUCAACUUUUUUUUU